CUGGCACUCAAAAGCAUCAUUCCAUCUCCCAUACUCAACUUGUCACAGGCAAAUAAAGAUCUUCCAUUCAAUCUGAUCCCCGUCGGCCCGUACCAGCCUUUUCCGACUCUGAUACAAAUACAACAUCAUCAAUUCGAUCAUUCUGCCCCGGUUAUCUCACGCAGCACCCAAAUUACCCCCCUAUAUUUCCAAGAAUCCUACCUAGAUCUCCAGACAAAGAUGGCUCUCAAGCGCAAGCGCUCCGAAUCCGAACUCGUCACCCUCUUCCCCUCGCCAGCUCGAUCCGAAUCCAGCAUCGAGUCCUUCGAGUCACCAAUCUCUCCAAGCCCCAUCUAUCCUCGCGCGCAUGCGACGCCAUCGCACCUCUCGAGUCGCACAAUGAAGCGCUUCCGCGACAACAGGCCCUCGGAGGAGCAAAUCCAUCAACGUACUCUGAACAUGCUUUACUCCGCGCAGCAACACAACCAGUACCCGACCGACGCAGACCACGAGACGAAUCAGUCCGAACCCACACCCGUUCCUGCCGCCCGCAACACCCAGAAGUCCCUUCACAGCUUCUGGAAUAUCAAAUCAGCCGAGCCCAGGUGCCCCGCCUCGGCCCCGUCUGUGGACCAGAGCGCGCUGUCGCCGAUGAGCUGCGACGACUGCGGCGCUGGUCUCGGUGCCUCGGAUGGCGCUGCGGACGGGAUGGAUAUCGACGAAGGCUACAGCUACGGCGUUGAUCACUCUUGCGGUGCGUGCGGCAGGCACAUUUGCUCGCAUUGCUCCGUUACAAACCUCGGCGAGCAGCGGCGAUGCUUGAGAUGUGUUGGAGUUGCAGCUGGGGCAGCACGAAACAGCUCUGGAUGGCCAUCAUCGUCGAUGUCUAUCUUCUAAGUAUCCUAGCCGGGCCGCUUCUGGUCAUCAUUCUUUUCGGUGGCGCAUUGGGUUAUACACGUUAACGGCAUGCCACGCCAUGGCAGUCUGCCGUGUAUGGUUAUGGGAAAAGGCGUUUCUGGCUUGCUGUGACAUGAUUCUCUGGUAUUGG